AUGGCGGUAGCGGCGGCGGGCGGCGGCGGGGGCGGCCGGGCGCAGCGCAGCGGCUGGCUGGAAGUUUUGGUGCGGGAGCGCUGGCACAAAGUGCUGGCCAACUUGGGCGGCGAGGCGCUGGUGCUGAGCGGCGAGGAGCGCCCCGACGGCGCGGCCCACAACGGGCUGGGCGGCGAUGGGACGGCGUGCCGCGGGGCCGAGGGCGGCGGGGGGCCGGCGGCGGUGCGCACCGCCUUCACCGACCCCCCCGAGCAGGUGCCCGAAGCCAUCUCCAACAAGAAGCGGUGCGUGAAGGUGCUGAAGCAGGAGAUGGGCGGACUGGGCAUCAGCAUCAAGGGGGGUAAGGAGAACAAGAUGCCCAUCCUCAUCAGCAAGAUCUUCAAGGGGCUGGCGGCCGACCAGACCCAGGCUCUCUACGUGGGCGAUGCCAUCCUUGCCGUGAACGGCACGGACCUGCGGGAUGCCACUCACGACGAGGCGGUGCAGGCGCUCAAACGGGCCGGCAAGGAGGUGCUGCUGGAAGUGAAAUACAUGAGAGAAGCAACCCCCUAUGUGAAGAAAGGCUCCCCCGUGUCAGAGAUCGGCUGGGAGACGCCGCCCCCCGAAUCUCCGCGCCUGGGCUGCGCCUCUGCUGAGCCGAUGGCGCAGCUUUCGCUCUCCAUCCACAGGGACAGGAAGACAAUUCCCCUCAAGAUGUGCUACGUGACACGCAACCUGACGGUGUCAGACCCCGAAAACAGAAUUAUUGAAGUUCAUUCACCUGAUGCCAAGCACACCGUGGUGCUCAGGAGUAAGGAUUCAGCUACAGCCCAGGCCUGGUUCAAUGCCAUCCACUCCAGUGUCAAUGAGCUCAUCCCCAGGGUGAUUGCAGAGGUCAGAGACCAGCUGGGUAAAACAGGGAUUGCUGGAAGUCGAGAGAUUAGGCAUCUAGGCUGGCUUGCAGAAAAGGUGCCAGGAGACAACGAGAAGCACUGGAAGCCAGUGUUGGUGGUUUUGACAGAGAAAGACCUUUUAAUAUAUGAGAGCAUGCCACGGAUAAAGGAAGCCUGGUUCAGCCCUGUGCAUACCUACCCCCUGCUCGCCACCAGGUUGGUUCAUUCUGGCCCAGGGAAAGGCUCACCCAAGUCAGGGGUGGAUUUGUCCUUUGCAACGCGUACCGGUACAAGACAAGGGAUUGAAACUCACCUGUUCAGGACUGAGACCAGUCGAGACCUCUCACUGUGGACGAGGAGUGUAGUGCAGGGCUGCCACAACUCUGCAGAGCUCAUCACAGAAAUCACCACAUCUUGCACAUACAAAAACCAGGAGUGCCGCUUGACCAUCCAUUAUGAACAUGGAUUCUCUCUUACAACUGAACCACAAGAUGGUGCCUUCUCCAAGAUAAUUGCACAAUAUCCCUAUGAAAAACUGAAAAUGUCCUCAGAUGAUGGGAUACGGAUGCUUUAUUUAGACUUUGGAGAAAAAGAUGGAGAAAUUCAACUGGAUCUUCAUUCCUGUCCAAAACCAGUUGUUUUCAUCAUUCAUUCCUUCCUGUCAGCAAAGAUCACGAGACUGGGCUUGGUGGCAUAAGUGGGAUCCAUCUGUUUCUUCAGAGAGAGACGGGAUUUUGGACUGAUUCAUAUUUGGAUGGGAUAGACAAAUGAAAUAUGAACCUACUCCACAUUUAUAAGAGUAUAGUGAAUAUUUAUAUUUUAGAGGAAAAGAAUAUAUUUAAUAAAGUCAUUUAUUGGAUUUUUGUGACGUGAGCUUACUUUGUAUCCAGACAAACUAUCUGGAAGGCUGACCUUUGGUUUUGGGCUAGGAGAAAUACAUUUAAACUUCAGUGCUUCUGUUAAGAAUUCUGUUACUGGAGGGAACUGUUAAUUGCAUUGGUGGAAUGACUUAAAAAUUUAAAAUAAAAAAAAAAAAAAGACUGAAAUCCCACAGGGAUGUUUCAGGGCAGGUCAUUCAGACACGUCUGCUGAAGUUGCAGUGCUUUCUCUUGUUGCUUAAUACUGGACUAGGUGGUAACAGAAGACUUACAAAAAAUUAAGAAAAAGCAGAAAUUUCUGCUCAAUCUUCUGCAUUCAAGGACUGAGGCCAACAUGUGCCUUUUUUCUCUUAUGAAUGGUUAUGGGAAAACAAUAUUUUUAUUUCUCCUUUGAUUUAAUUCUUAACUUAGUGGCCCAAAUAGAAAAGCUAACUGUGGGAAUUUAAGCCUUUUCUUUCAGUCUGACCCAAGUUACGACAGAACAGCCUUGUGGAAAGCCUAAAAAGGGAUAUUCCAGAGUUUCACUCUUUUCACAAAAUAAUUACUAUAAAUGGAAUGGUCUUAUCAGAAAGUUUGUAUAGCAGCUUCACCAUGAGAAAGAUUGGGAUACAUAUUGGAGCAAAAAUGUUAUUGGAAAAAUGUGAUGUAAAGUGUUUGUUAAAAAAAAAUAAAGCUGAUCUGAUUGUGUUCAGGGAA